CGCCAUUUUGGAAAAGAGGAAAACGAAGAAAAGCGUCUGUUGUGGCGAAUGAAGUGAAUAAAAAACAUCGUUUCGUCGGUUAUGGACGAAAUUCACGCCAAAUCUGAGCUGUCAGAAGCUGCUCAGGAGGAACUGAUGAGCAUGUGUGAGCAGCAGUUUGCACUGCUAGAAAAGCUUCAGAAUGAGAUUAUACUAUGUGAGCCAGACUUCAGUGAAAAUCCCCAAGAACAGUCAGUGAAUUGGCUGUUAGCAACACAAGCUGAACUGGAGCAGUGGCAGACGGCGGAACCUCGACUGCUAGCACAAAACUCUGAAGUUUUACUGAAAGCUGGAAAAGAAGAGAUGCUCAAGCUGUGCUCUGAACUUGAGAUGGUUCUCGCUUGCGCUGAAGCAAAGAGAGACAAAUUGAGAGAAACUAAAAAACUGGAGCAGAAGUGGCUGGAGGAGAAGCGACAGGUGCUAAAUGCUGUCACUGAUCAUGGUAAACUCAUGCAAGAACAAAGUGAGAAAAUAUCAGAGCACAGUGUGCUGCAGGACACCAAGGACAAGAUCCAGAAAAUUAAAGUCUACCAGGAAAGGCUAAUAGAGUCUAUGGGAGAAAUUCUAGAAAAACAUGUUCCUCCUCCUCGCAGUGACCACAGUGCAAAAAAGAAGAAGAAUACCCCAGACGAAUCGAACAAGGACUUGAUUACACUCAGCGAAAUUCUAGAGCUUCUUAUGAAUAAGUUCCUGAAGACGCCACAUGACCCUUACGUGACAAUAGACUCCACUUUUUGGCCACCAUACAUUGAGGUUCUCCUCCGCCAUGGUAUUGCUGUGAGACAUCAGGAGAACAACUUCAAGAUCCGCCUGGAAACCUUUUUCUGAAGCAGCCGUGCAUUUUGGUGUCUUUUUCAUAUCUGUGUAUGCUUUGGUGAAAAUUAACAGUGAUUGGAUGCAGUCCUACAUACAGUAUACAGGGCACCCGGAAAGUAUUCACAGCACCUUAUUUUGUCAAUGGUUUCUUAUGUAGCAGUUUUUUCCUAAAAAAUCUGCACACAACACUUCAUAAUGACAUGAUUUUUCUUUUUUUUAAACGUUUGCAUUUUAUUCCAUUUUGGACUAAGGCUGUAAUAUAAAAUGUGGAAAUAAUGAAGUGCUGUGAAUACUGCACUCAUAGGCCCAAACACCUACACACAGGUGGUACAUCUGAACAAUCUAAAAAGCUCCAAUAUAUGAUGUGUUUAAAAAAAAUGUAAUUUUCUACAAAAAAAUAUAGGCUAUUCAGUUAUUUAUUACCAGUUUUUUUAUGCAACUGCACUGCAUCGUGCUGAGAUGGGCUAAUAUUUUGGAGCUAAAGAAAGCAACUAAUCAGGAAAAACUAUCUACAAAGAUAAAAGUUUGUGUAGUGCUGGUGUACCUAAUGAAAUGUCUAAGGUGACGACUGCUGUGCUUGUAGUUUUUCAUGUUUGUGUUCAAUAGACUGAUGUAUUGAACCUUUUUGUACUCGCAUGUUGCUUUUGUAAUUAUGUGCUUAAAAUUAACUUUAUGAAACCAUUUUCCUAAUACCUGUGUUUUUCUUUUCCGUGUUGUUAUGCUGAUGUUCAUUACAUUUCUUG